AUGCAAUCCUUGGCCGCUUUCAUGUUGACACUUAUUAGACAAUACGAGAAAAGCAAUUCUGACAUGUGGAUGAGCAUUGGAUUGCUUAUGAUCAGAGCAGGAUUUCAUUUUGUAUCUACUUUUCCGAUGAAUCCUCCACACGAUCUUUCUGAAAAUCCCACUUCUUUUUAUGGUGGAAUGAAAAGCGAAAACGGUUUUUAUUUCAAUAUGUUUACCAUUGUCAUGUAUUGGAAUUUGUUGACCGUCGUGAACGCAUUCUUGUAUCAUAUGUUCAUAGCAUUAAAUAUAACCGAGAAAUUGGAUGUUCAUUUAUCUCAUCAAUAG